AUGAGACACAGAUACAGAUCCUCUCAUUUCUCAGUGUUGAAUUAAAUAAUCUAGAAUGUAGAUUAGUAAGAGACCUAAAGAGAAGGACAUCAUCAAAGUAACUCAAUAGUUAACUUAUAUCCAAUAAUGCUUCCGUCGAUUAGUUAGGAGAGUCUUCUUUCAUCUGCGAGAAAUACAUCUCCUUAAUCAAUAAAACCUCUGACUCGUAGAAGAAUGAAUAAUCACAGUUAGUCAAGAUUGUCUCUUCAUACUAAAAAAUCUGAUUUAACCCCUUUAACAAUAAGAACUCAUAGCCCUGUAAGCUAAUUUUAGUAGCAAUAUUUUGAUGCUAUAAAGAAUGAUGAUUGCCAAAAAGCUCUAACAAUAUUAAUAAAUAUGAUGAUUCUAACUGUUGAUUAAGAUAAUUUGUGUUUGUUGAUUAGAAUAUUUAGAGUUGCAUCAUUAACAUUGUUGCAUUUUAGAGAGUAUGGAAAAUCAAUAAUUUACGCAAAAAAUACCAUAUUUUUAAGUGAAUUUGCAAGAGAUUUUGAAACUAUAUAAUGGGUUUUACUACAUUUAGGAAUCAUAUGCAAAUAAUUAUAAAAAUAUGAAAUUGGAAAGAUAUUUAUUAAAAAAGUAAUUUUUUUAUUUGAGUAGAGUCAAUAGAAUUUGCAUGGUUCAUGCAAAAUUAAGAUGAAGAAUUGAGAUGUUAUGAAGAAUUGGGAAAAUUAUGUUUUUUCAACCGUGAACUUCAUCUUGCAAAACACUUACAUGAAAUGAGUAUGACAGGUAAUCAAAGAAGUGAUUCAAUAUUGACUAUUAGUAGAAAAGGGAUUCAACAAUUAAUCAAAAAUUAUCCUCCAUAGUAGAUUUCUAUUGAUCAGAAUAUAUUAUCAAAAAUUGUUGACUUUCCUUUUGUUGUGCGAUCAAUUAAAGAGUAGAGAGAUUCUUAAAAUAGAUAUCUCAGUUAGCAAAAAUUAGAAUGUGUAACUAUUGACAGAAUGUAUCCUCAAAGUGUUGAAGAGAUACUAAAUAAAGUGUUACAAAAUCAUCAUUUUUUUUUUGAGAUACCUAUUCCUAUUGAUACAUCAUAUAAAGUUGCUAAACCUAAAUCAAGAAAAGACAGAAUUAAAUCUACUUAAAUGAUUACUUGGAUUAAAUUGGCUAUUUAAAAAUAAUAAAAUCCAGAAUAUAAAUUCUAACCUAAACCUCCAGUUGAAAAAGUGGAUAAAAGAAAACUUACCCUAGAUUAAGCAGUGACUGAGAGAGUAAACGACAAAAUUAGAAGUAGUAUGGAAAUAAUUUAAAAAAUAAAGUGUAUGAAACCAAAAAACAAUGAUGUUAUUUAAUUGACACACGAAAAGGAUUAUAAGAGAAUUCAUGAGCAUUCUAAAAAAGAACUUUUGAAAUAUGCAGAGUAGUGUUUCAUAGACAAAAACUUAAAAGUUUCCUUUAGUUAACUUAUUUAAUGA